GAAGGUUCCAGAAGGAUGGCGAUGCUGCCUGACCCGCUGAGUUCCUCCAGCAGUUUGUUCUUUGCUGCAGGUUCCAGCAUCUGCAGUUUGUUGUCACAAUCAUCCAGGCUGGCAAUCCGGGGCUGUGCUGAGGAGGCACUGCACCUUCAGGGACAUUGCAGCUGGGCAUCAGUGAACUAAGGGGAAGGAUCACAGGCAGCAGUUCCUCCAAGUACUUUGCUGGUCCGACAGCUCAGCCAGCUCCAGGACUGUCACAGGAGCCCUCGCCGUCUCCACGCAUUGUCCAUUGGGGAGUUGCUCCCAGUGCUCUGCAAGGCAACGUCCUGCUUCAAGCAACACUAGAAGCAAGACGUGAUGCACUGGACAAUCAUCUCUUUGUUGUCUGAGGGAUCUUUCUGUGCAGGGUAUUAGAAGGGGAGGAUUUAACAACAGGAAUCUCAAACCGAACAACAUGUCAAAGUCUGACUGAGUCAAUUGAUUCAUCAGCAUCUGGUAUCACUGGUCUAAGGAUAUCAAAGGAGAAACAUUUGCCCAAUCUGUCUCUGGGAAACUUAUUUCAAACACUGCUGUGACGGUCAAGGCACUGAGACACGCAGCGGAGUCAGAUUUUCAGAACGGAGAAGGGAAAGAACAUUGGGCACUUAGAGCCAGAGAGACAUCGUCCCUUUCAUGGUGGGGAGACCUGAUUGUGCCCGUUGUGUGUGUGUGUGCAUGAGAGGUUUUGAUCAAGUGACCGAUGUGAAGGAGCGGGCAAAUAAUUUCAAGAUAACACUUUGAUCAGGACAGUAAGAUAAGAUAUCUUUAUUAGUCACGUGUACAUCGAAAUAAGUUGAUCACUGGAAGAAAGUUAGCUGUCCCAGCUGGAAACUUGUGCGUUCCAUUGGUGAGAGGCCUUAACGUGCUGUGUGUCUAGGAAGUGGCUCACUGAUUUAUCCUCCUGUUUAACACCCUUGCCUCCACACCGAUGAACCCAUUUCAGUGCUCCAGCUGUGGGAAAGGCUUUAAGCGAUCCAGUGCUCUGGUGAGGCACCAGCGGCUUCACACCGGGGAGCGACCGUUCACCUGCUCUGACUGUGGGAAGGGAUUCAGCCAUUCAUCUCGGCUGCUGACCCACCAGCGGGUCCACACCGGCGAGAGGCCGUUCACCUGCUCCGAGUGCGGGAAGGGGUUCACUCGGUCAUCCAUUCUGCUGACCCACCAGCGAGUCCACACCGAGGAGAGACCGUUCACCUGCCUGGAGUGCGGGAAGGGGUUCACUCAGUCCUCCCAUCUGUUGUCGCACCAGAUAGUCCACACUGGGGAGCGGCCGUUCACCUGCUCCGAGUGCGGGAAGGGAUUCACUCAGUCGUCGCAUCUGCUACGGCACCAGGUCGUUCACGCCGGGAAGAGGCCGUUCACCUGCUCCGAGUGUGGGAAGGGAUUCACUCUGUCAUCCAACCUGUUCACACACCAGCAGCUUCACGACAGAAAGCGGCCGUUCCCCUGCUCUGAGUGCGGGAAGGGAUUCACUCGCUCGUCCAGCCUGAUGAGGCACCAGCGGGUCCACACAGGGGAGAGGCCGUUCACCUGCUCCGAGUGCGGGAAGGGAUUCACUCAGUCAUCCCAUCUGUUGACACACCAGCGAGUUCACACUGGGGGGAAAGCAUUCCAGUGUUCCGACUGUGGCAAACUCUUUAAGCUAUCCAAUGCCCUUAUUACACACCAGCGCAUUCACAGCGGGGAGCGGCCGUUCACCUGCUCCGUGUGUGGGAAGGGCUUCAUUCAGUCCUCCUCUUUACAGACGCACAAGCGGAUUCACACCAAGGAGAGGCCAUUUACGUGCUCCGAGUGCGGGAAGGGGUUCACACAUUCGUCCCACCUGCUGAGGCACCCGCGCGUCCACACCGGGGAGAGGCCCUUCACCUGCUCCGAGUGCGGGAAGGGAUUCGCUUAUUCUUCCCAACUGCUGAGACACCAGCGAGUCCACACCGGGGAGAGGCCAUUCACCUGCCCCGAGUGCGGGAAGGGCUUCACUCAGUUAUCGUCCCUGCUGACGCACCGGUCGACCCACAGCGGGGAGAGGCCGUUCACCUGCUCCGAGUGCGGGAAGGGCUUCAGCCACUCCUCCUCCCUGCUGAGACACCAGUCCACUCACACCGGGGAGAGGCCGUUCACCUGCUCCGAGUGUGGGAAGGGGUUCACCCAGUCCUCCAACCUGCUGACCCACCAGCGGGUCCACACUGGCGAGAGGCCAUUCACCUGCUCUGAGUGCGGGAAAAAGUUCGGUGAUUCUUCUCAACUGCUGAGGCACCAGCGGACUCACACUGGAUAGAGACUCUUUGCCCCCACUGGGCAUUGGAAGGGAUUUGCUGAAUCAUCUAAACUGCCAGUGAAGCAGGAGGAAGGUUAAACGUGUCGUCUGUGGAAUAUUGAAAGGUCGCCGCUGCCAAGACACCAGUCCUGCGUUGGAUUCCGCAGGCACGGUAGUGUAGCGGUUAGCGUAAUGCUUUACAGCGCCAGAGACCCGGGUUCAAUUCCCGCUGCUGUCUGUAAGGAGUUUGUACGUUCUCCCCCGUGUCUGCGUGGGUUUCCUUCGGGUGUUACGGUUUCAUCCCACAUUCCAAAGACGUACGGGUUGGGAAGUUGUGGGCAUGCUAUGUUGGCGCCGGAAGCGUGGCAACACUUGCGGGCUGCCCCCAGAACACUCUACGCAAAAGAUGCAUUUCACUGUGU